AUGACAUUUUAAAUUAAGAAUCGGUAAUUGUCACAAUCAGUCACAAUGAUUUUUGUCAUUUGAAAGUCAGUCUAAAUUAUGAGUUUUAAAAAUAUAUGAAAUAAUCAUAAAUAUUUAAGAUUUACACUAUCAAUAAAUAAACAAUAUGAGUAAGAAAAGGCGCCAUUGCAAGUGCCCACCUAGAUUACAAAAAGUAUGUAAACGUGCCAAACUGACCGACUGCAAAGAUGUUGAAGAAAUUAUCGAAGCUCUUACUUUUGACGAGGAAAGCACUAGAAAAAAUAAAAGCUCAAGUGCACCAAAAUUCAAACUUAAACCGUUCAAACCGAAACACUACAGAGACACUUGUGUUCCUAUGGCGCCAUCUAUGCACACACGACUACGAUAUAUUGGACAUUGUGCAUUAGAAGCACCAGGAACUUCUAAUAAAAAAGCCAGGCAAACAUUUGGUGGGUUUGAAUUCACUUCAACAUCAGAUGAAGAAGAAAUGUCUAGUGGCAUUCUAAGGAAAGGAAAAAACUGAAAAAUAUAAAAACGAGUUAGAUAUUUCGAUUUGCUACCCGGAGAUAUAAUGUUGCCUACUCCUGUACCAAUCAUCAAGCAUACCUCGUCAGAUAAAUCAAUUUUAAAUGUACCAAGCCCCAAAACCAGCGGAGACGUGAUUCAAGCCCAAAGAACUUCAGUUAAACCUGGGGAAAACGUGCCCCCCAUACCUCCUAAAUCCGGACACGAAUUAUUUAAACCACACAGCGGUAUUGUUAUCAAUCGUGAUAAAGAAUUUGUCCCCGAUGUCGUACACGUUCCCGGUCCUAAGGGUCAAAGACCAAAGAAAGCAAAGGGAAAGCCUUGCCACAAGGGCGGGAUAUGUCAUAGAAAAACGUGUCCUAGGAAGAAAUGUCGGAAAAACGCUGCAUUGAAAAAACGGCAAAUGGAACGAAAAAUGAAAGGAUCGUCUUCCGACGUUCCGUAUACAUCUUUGGGCGUCACUGACGGUAAACCACGAGCUAGAGGUACACAAAAGCAUUUGAAAGAUGAUGAUUCUGUAUGCGGCUUAGACGAAAUACCGAAGCCAGAACAUGUGCAAAUACCCGCAAAUCUAAAACGAGGAACUUUGCAAACUCAUUCUUUGACAGUUUUGCCUUGCACUAAAGAAAGGCGAACUGAGCUUCAUUACGGUAUUUUGGCGGGAUCGUUUAAUAUGUACGACGCAAAAUUCGGAGCUAGAUCGAGAGGCAGACAGGCACUAACGAUGAGUGUCAUGGCUUACUGUCUAGCAUUCCACUACCAUCCUAAGCAAUGGACCAUGAAGCUUGUCGACAACUUAGUUGAAGCCGGCGAUCAAUGGUAUAUACAGUGUUUAGACAAAGUCCACGAUCAUUCUGCAGUACAAGGCAUGUGCGAAGUUUUGCCCUUUGAAAAACAAACAUUGGUACUUAAUGGGAAACGAAUGCAAGUGUUAUUGGGCGAACCUGACAUUGUGGGAUACACGAUGUCUUUGGAUCCUACAGUUUAUAAUUUAUGCAGAGGAUUAAGAGUUUUCUUUAAAGAUAACCGUGCUGGUAUUUUGCUAACAAGGGUUUUAAAAGUAGUGAUAUGGAAGGAUAAAGUAUGUUACUAUGUAUUCGAUCCAGCGGGUAGGGAUGCAAGAGCCUACUCGAAUUAUGCCAACGGCGCUGCUGCCCUAAUAAACGUUAAAGAUUUAGAUUCAGUUGCAGAAGUUCUGCUAGCGCGUAGCAUAGUGGCAGAUCAAAAGUAUGUUUUAGCACCCGUGAAAGUUUUAAAGAUGGCCGAUGAAAAAUGUGACGAAGAUUUCGAAUCGGAUAAAGAACUUACUCAAGCUGAAAAGGCGAUGAUGGGAUACAGAAUUCUAAAUGAAAAUUGUGCCAUAGUGAAUGCUAAUAUGCAUUUAGGCGACAGAUGCUUCGAAGAGUCUAAAUUUAGACAGGCGCUACCUAUAGCUAUUGUGGCAAUGACAUACGCGAAAAUAUCUCCGCCUAAUACCUGGUUCACUAAAACACUGGAUAAAAUAUUGCGUUUGGGCAAUAAACUGUUUGUUGACUGUUUACAUCCCAAAGUAAUGAUUGAUUUGACUAUCGACAAUAUUCCUAAUGAAAUAAUUGUCGGUCCGUAUGCGUGUGAAAUAAUCAUAUACAGGGAAAGGGUGAAAGGGCAGCUUUUCACUACUAAAGAGUGCUUAUUCAAUAUUAAAACUGGUUUGGAAGAGUUUUUUGGUCAUGAGUAUAAUAGUGGCAUUCUGGAAUUUAACAAUUAUUGGCUUGGGGUUUGGAGACAGAAGGAUAUGUUUUACUUAUUUGAUCCAUACCCGCGCACUAAUGAUGGGCAGAGGUCCGUCAACGUCGGCAGGGCUUGUUGUUGGAUGCUACUAAAUACAGAAAUAAUGGCGAAUAUCUUUAAGAAAAAUUGGGAUUAUUUACCGGCUACGACACAGUUCUAUAUUCAUGCUUUCAAAGUUUUGAAGUUGAAAAAAAGAGAACCAAAGAUGCAAAUCGUUUGUACUUUGAGUGAUGAAAUGCUAACCGGCUCGAAAGGAAAAUCUAAACGGAAAGUGUUGCACAUGAGUCAAGCUCAAGGAGACGGCAAGGAAAUAUUUCACGAUGUUUUACCAGCACAGAACUGGGAUGAUAAGCAUGAAGGGCCUCAAGUUGACGAAGAGCAGAUGGGUGAUAUUAUUUCCUUAGUUGAUAGUAUACAAGAAGAUUAUUUACCUCCAAUACCUUUAAAGUACAAAAAUAUGGAACCGGAAGACCUCAUACCAAAAGUCGCCAACUUAGAUUCUCCAACGGUAUCUGUGACACAAAUUGUUCCCUCCAGAUGGCCAAAGCCGCGCGAUAAGACGAACGAGCCGCCUGAGCCCGAUCCCGACCCAGAGCCGACACCACCGCCUACACCGCCGCCCAUGCCCGUACCCGAAGGAGCGGGUGAAGAGGAAGAAGAAUUGGGCGAAGAAGAAGAGGAUGAGGAAACCAUGAAGAAAAAGAAAGAAGAAGAAGAGAGAAGAAAAGCUGAAGAAGAGGAGGCUCGCAGAAAGGCCGAAGAAUUACCGCCACCGCUGCCUCCCCCACCGCCCUCGCCCCAGCCAGAGCCCGAAGUACCGCUUGCACCAGCUCAAAUCAUAGAAGAAGAAGUUCAAACAAUGCCACCAGCUAAUGUUGAUCGCCGCGUGCUUCUCACUGAAGACGCUAAAUAUCGUUUUAAACUAAGACAGAUAAGGAAGAAAAUGACCACACCACUUGCAGAGGACAAUUUAGAAACAUCACCCUCUGAAGAAUUGAAAAAACCGAGUAAUUUUAAACAAUUACCCGAUAGUACGCAGAUUGUUAGAGGUUCAUCUGCUAUUACGGAAUCCGACGCCUUAGAUAUUCUACCAUUUUCUGCAAUAAUGGCCAUAGUUACAUCAUACAAGUACAAUACAAAUUCUUGGACAAGUGGUAUUGUUAACUUCGUAGUUGACACGGCGAAAAAAUUAUACCAGAAUAAACAAGAAAAAUUCCAGAUGGCUCCUGCACACAUAAUACCUAAAAUUGGUAUCGGACAUCAAGCCUAUCAUGCAAAUAUUGACGUGGUUGGCGAAGGUGCUACUUGGCAACUUGAAGACAUUUUGACGAGGAAAUUCUUUAUCAAAUACGACCGUGGUAUGAUCACCACUUCUACUUACAGUUGCGCCUUUUUCAAGAAAAAUGGUCUCUAUUAUUUAUUUGAUGGAAGUCCUUGCAACGCAAUGGGUUUACGAGACGAAACCAAUAAAGGAAAAGCUUGCUUUUUGCGCUUUCAGUCAUUACAUGACCUUGUUAGCAGAAGUAUGUACAACAAAGACGGAAAAACCGAAGACCAACAAUUCGUCUUGAGCAGAAUCUUGGUGAGGAAACUUUUGACGGAGCCACGAGUUAAACUUCCAGAAGAUUACGAUUAUAUCACAGGGACAACUAAAUCGAAGAAAUCAAAACCAUCUAUUGUAUCUUCUGGGAAAGGUUCCGAUAAAAAAAGUUCUAUUGAGGUAAGUGAGCCUAAAAGCCAGACUGCCGUAGGAUAUCAAUUAAUAGACGGAAUGUACAGAAUAGAAGGAACCACAUCACUAAAGGAUAGAAAACCGAGCUCCGAUAUAAAGCCUUGUCACUUUGUAAGUUUAAUAGCUAUGUUGAUGGCAGCAAUGCAUCCCAUUAGAACCUGGGAUCACAUAAUGGUAGAUACUUGCAUAGAAAAAGGUUUAGAAAUAAACGAGAAAGCAACAAACUUAAAUGUUUGUGAAAAAAGGACAAUUAAAAAUAUAAUUUUGGAUGGAAAGUUCAUUAAUAUUAAUAUCAAGAAAAUUAUUGUCAUAAAUGAAAACCCUGAGAAGAGACUUGAACAAUAUUUAAAAGCUGUGUUAAGACGACUUCGUUACGUUAUUAUACGGUUUCCGCAAUGCAGCAUGGUUAUAUGUCAAACAGAUGGAUAUUAUCAUCUCUUUGAUCCUUACCCACCGCCUAGCGAGGAGCCCCCUAAGACUGAAGAAGGCAAAGAGAAAAUUAAAGAUGAAAAACCAAAGGUUAGUAAAAAAGGAAGUUCUGUAGCGACUUGGACUUUAUAUCGCUCUUUGGAUUCAUUAAUACAUAGAAUAAAGAAAGUUGUAUGUGGAAGAACUGCCGAUACCCCAGAGUUUUAUACGUUCGAAUUAACUUCUGUAACUGCUCCUCGCCACUCCGCAUUGAAUUAUAGACUGAGUCCUCUAUUCAAACCUGAUGACAAUCCUAACUUACCCUUUUAUUUGGAGAGAAAAAGAAAAAUACGGCCCGUUGUCGAUGAAAAAAUGUACUGGUUAAAUAUUUCUUCUAUUCCAUGGUCAAGAAUGAAUUCUGUGAAUGACCUAGGAUUUGAAAGGAAAACUCCUAAAACGCUGUGGAAGGAUUGGGAUAUCGAAUUUCCCGGAGAUCUUUAUUCAUUGUGGGGCACAGUUCACCCCUUAGAUAAAAAAUUCGAGGAGAGCCACCAAGGCAGGCAGUAUCUUGCCACGUGUGUUGUAGCGCUCGUGAUGACUCAAGCAUGUAAUCUAAGCGCUUGGACUAGCGGGUUCCUGGAUGGUAUUGUUGAGUCUGGCGAUAAGUACCAUAAAAAAUGUGCCAGCAAAAUCGGCUCUGAUAAAAAUCAUGAGAUAACCGUUAACGACUUGGACAGCAAGUUUGAUGAUAUGUAUCCCUAUUCGUUUUCCGUUAAAUUUGAGAAAAUCAUAUUCGGAUUUGUAUACAACAUACUGCCCGACCGUUUUAAUCUUAGCAAAGCUUUAUCUUAUUUCUUUGAAAAGAAUAAUUUAGGUCUGCUAGUUAGCCCCACGAAGAAUUUGGCGUUUGGGCGAUCGGGAGCAUCGUACUUUAUGUUUGACUGUCAAAGUCACGGUGCGCCAAUAUUUUGUCCAGGACAAGGAGCGGCUUACAUAUUGAAAUGUGAAAGUCUUAAUAGACUAAUUUACUGUAUGACAUUGACUUUGAAUAUCAGAAGACAUGGCCAACAAUUUCAUUUAUUUAGUGUAGCAAUAACGUUGUCUGAAAAACUAAAAUAAAUAAUCUAUCUGAAACAAGA